AUGUCUGGUGAAUUAGCAAAACGUUGUUGUAAAAUAAUUUCUCAAGUAAAAAGUAUACUUGACGAACAGAAGGAACCACUUCUUGAAGAUUAUGAAGUUUUUAGAAAUGAUUUAUUUAAAAAAAAUUAUAUAAGAUAUAUUAAAAAUGAUAAUAUAAUUGGUAGUAAACCUAUAAAGAAUAAUUAUUUAUUAGAUAAAGAACCAAUUUUGAAAGAUUUAAAUUUGAAAGAUAUUGAAUAUAGACAUUAUGAGAAAGAAGUAAAUCUUAUAUGGAUUGGAAAUAAUCAAAAGGAAAAUCCUAAGAUAAAUGAAGUGUUAAAUAGUGAUAUUGAAUAUAUUUAUAUAGAUUCUUAUACAUCUACUUUUAUAAAAGAUAAAUCUGAUAUAUGUUAUAUAUCUUUACAAAAAAAAUUACCUUCAGACUCAAUAGUUGGCAUAAAAAUAGGUCCACAUAUGUGUAAAGCUUCUAUCUCAGACAAUAUAAUUGAAUUUAUAAUACCUUUAUUAUCUAUUGGAUAUCAUUAUAUAGAAAUUUUUAUUAAUGGAGUUAAGAUUCCUAUUAGAAUUGGAGAUGAUGACAUUUCGGAUCUAAAAGACAAAAUUCCAAUUAAUAUAAAACCAGCUAAAUUUAUACGUAAUAAGCAUUUAAUUGCAAAUAAGGUAACUAUUCCUAGUGGAGUUAUGGGAAGAGCUCCACUUCCAGAAAUAGAUAUUGAUGAGGAAGUAGAAGAACUUGUAAGAUCUCAUAAACCAAGGAUAUCAGCUUCUAUAAUAGCAAAAAAGAGGAUAUUAAGAAAAUAUUUUGAUAAUACAUAUUCAAAAGUUGUUAAUCAACCUAGAAGUGAUAUUGGUGAUUUACGAGGUUUAGAUCCUAGUUUUAAAGCUGCAGUAUGUAGGGAUUUCCGGAGGAAGCUUAUUAAUAAGACUUUAACUCCAAAAUAUAAUCAUGUAAAUAAUAUAAUGGAAGAUUUUUUGUCAAGACUAGAUUUCGGAAUUUCUAAUACUAUAAUUCCAUUUCAUAAAAAGUUAGAUUUAUGGAAUAUAAGUAUAAAGGAUAAAUGUGACGUAAUUAUAGAUCAAUAUCAUCAACAAAUAUUUAGUGAAGCUUCUAAUGAGAAAUCUAUAUAUAUAUUUACUAAGAGAAUAAGUUCUUUAGAACCCUACAAUAUUUUUGUAUUCUCUUGUAUUUCUGAUAAUCAAAUUACAUGUACAAUCCCAACUUUAAGACGCUUUAUUUGUAAUAUACAAGAAUGUAAUGAUGCUAGAUUAUGGACUUAUAUUGGUGAAUGUGUACUUUGUAAAAAUCAAAUUGCUCAAACAAUUGAACAAAUAUCUUUACCUUGCCCAAUUCCUUGUAUUAUGAAAUCUGAUAUAUGUAAUAAUUUAACAGAAACUGGGAUUCAAAUUGCAUCCAAUGUUUAUAUAUAUUAUGAAUCUUGGCCAAAUAAAUUACUACCUAUUAGUAAUAUCCAUGAUAUGUAUUGUAUAGCUAUAUGUAUAAAUUCACAUAUAUUCUAUACAACUCGAGGUGUAACUGAACAGGUCUUAUCAUUUAUAAUAAGUUGGUUAAAACAGGUUCCAACUAAAUUUGAGUAG